UCUUUGCAUUUGUGAUCCGCUAUCAAUGGCGUCGACGACGACGAGCAUCUUCCUCGCUCUCUUCCUCUCCGCUCUUCUUCUCCUCACUUCACCGUCUCCUUCACUCGCCGGUGAAGCGGAUCUCGACGAAGACGUCGCUUUCCUCGCGAGCGAGGAGGCCAAGGACCGUGCCCAUGUCCCCUACGGAGACGACCAAGACCAGUUCCAUUACCAGGACUUCGAGAACUACGAGGAUCUCGAAGCCGGAGAUGGAGAAGGCGGACACGAUCAUGGAGGCGCGUACGAGGAGGAGCCGCAGUUUCCGGCGGUGGACGACAAGGAUGUGGUGGUGUUGACGAAGGAGAAUUUCACGGGGUUUGUCGGGAACAACAGCUUCGUGAUGGUGGAGUUCUACGCGCCGUGGUGUGGCCACUGCCAGGCCCUGGCGCCGGAAUAUGCGGCGGCGGCGACGGAGCUGAAGGGCGUGGCGGCGCUCGCGAAGGUCGACGCGACGGAGGAAAGCGAGCUCGCGCAGAAAUAUGAGGUUCAGGGGUUUCCGACAGUGUUCCUGUUUGUGGAUGGACAGAUGGAGAAGACAUACGACGGAGAAAGGACCAAAGAUGCAAUCGUGAUGUGGGUGAAGAAGAAGACUGGUCCAAGCAUCCAAAACAUUACUACAACAGAAGAGGCAGAACGUGUCUUGUCUGCUGAACGUAAAGUUGUUCUGGGUUUCCUCAACUCCUUAGUGGGUUCAGAAAGUGAAGAGCUUGCAGCUGCUUCCAGGUUAGACGACGAUGUUAGCUUUUACCAAACCGCGAGUCCUGAUGUUGCAAAGCUAUUUGAAAUUGUGUCCGAAGCUAAGCGUCCUGCCUUGGUUAUUUUGAAAAAGGAGGAUGAGAAACUCGCCCGUUUCGAUGGAAAUUUCACCAAGGCAGAUAUAGCUGGGUUUGUGUCAGCCAACAAAGCUCCCUUGGUGAUCAAUUUCACUAGGGAAAGUGCAUCGCUUAUUUUCGAAAACCCAAUAAAGAACCAACUUAUCCUUUUUGCUACUGCCAAUGAAACCGAGAAGCACCUUUCCAGUUUCAGGGAGGUGGCUAAGGCCCUUAAGGGAAAGUUUGUCUUUGUUUAUGUGCAAAUGGACAACGAGGAUUAUGGACAAGCAGUUUCUGAUUUCUUUGGUGUUACUGGAUCCAACCCGAAAGUGAUUGUAUACACCGGAAAUGAAGAUAUGAGGAAGUUUCUUCUGGAUGGUGAAUUGACCCUUGAGAACAUUAAGACAUUUGGGGAAGAUUUCUUGGCAGACAAACUUAAGCCAUUCUACAAGUCGGAUCCGAUACCCGAGAAAAAUGACGAUGACGUUAAGAUCGUUGUUGGCAACAACUUUGAUGAGAUCGUUCUUGACGAGUCAAAGGAUGUCCUUCUCGAGAUAUACGCUCCCUGGUGUGGCCAUUGCCAAGCAUUUGAGCCGACUUACAACAAGCUUGGGAAGUAUCUUAAGGGCAUCGAGACAAUUGUCAUAGCCAAGAUGGAUGGUACAACGAAUGAGCAUCCUAGAGCUAAGGCUGAUGGCUAUCCGACAAUCCUUUUCUUCCCUGCUGGAAACAAGAGCUUCGACCCGAUCACAGUGGAAACCGACAGGACUGUGGUAGAAAUAUACAAGUUCCUGAAGAAACAUGCUUCGAUCCCUUUUAAACUCCAGAAACCGGCCUCCUCUGCUAAACCGCCAGCUCCUGAACCGGUCGCCGGUUCGAAAGGAGAAGCAACGGUAACAGAUGAUGCCGGGAAAGGUGGUGGCAAGGAUGAGUUGUGAUGAUACUGAGAAGAAAACCUUAGUUUCAGACAAAAUAGAUAACCGCCUUUGAGGGGAUUUUUGUUGUAACUUUAAAAUGGCUUGUAUGCUUUGAUUUGGAUUUAAAACAAAAUAAAAUCUGAAGUUUUCUCGGCUCCAAUA